AUGAUUGAGCUUGGAGCAGCAAAGAGUUAUGCAACAGGAGCAUGGGACUACAUAUGGUUUUGCAUUACUCAUGCACUGCCACUUAAACCAACACCACUUACUCUCAGCAGGUACAUUGCCUAUACAUCCCAGUUCAUCUCAUCUGGCCCAAAAUACUUGACUGGAGUCCAUCACUUCCUAAAAGACCUCUAUCCUGACUUUGAUACCAGUCACAAACAUCCCAUGGUGCAAGCUACUAUCUGUGGCUCAAGAAAGAUGAGAGGUGAUCCCACAUCCCAAAAACUACCCCUUCAAUUAUCCCAUUUGAUCACCUUUUGUCUUCUCGCUAACAUCUCAGAUUCUUACAAUGACCUCUUGUUUGCCACCAUUCUUGCUUGCUGCUUCUAUGGCUGCCACCAGUCAGAUGAGCUCAUUUGAAAAAAUGACAAACAAC